AUGCAGGUCUUGUGUGUGUUCUCCUGCGAUGUUUUGUCCUUGAAUCUCACAAUUCCUUUCAACGGCACGGGAAUAACACUCUGCGUGGCCAUAGACUACGGCGACAUCUACAACACUUCGAUCUCCCUUGACGGCCGCGCCGCGGAAAACCACUUUGCCUACAACCAGCCAAACAUAGAGGCGUACAAUUUUACACUGUACAAUAUCCAGAAUCUCACCUGGACGACCCAUACCCUUGUGGUCGCACUCGAGCCCGGUGUGUCGAGGUUGUUGUUCGACUAUGCAGCCGUGACGGGAGAUGCGCCAAGCGGUCAAAGGGCAAGGAAGAACGACGAAAAGUCAAACAGCUUCUCACUUUGGCUCGUGAUGUCGAUUCUGGCUCUAAAUUGGGCAUUUUGUUAG